AGUGGAUGACUCUUCUGCUAGUAAGAUGGACCACCCUGUUGGCGUUCUUCCAGAUAAGAAGUUUGAGGCAGACAAGAGGGGUGUGAAUCUCGGGGAUUUCAAUGAUAUGAUGCGGAAGGACCGGUCUGGCUUCCGUCUGCCCAAUUCCAAAGAGAUGGGAGCCGCAGACAGCGGGCCUUAUUUUGAGAAGCUGACUCUGCCUUUCUCCAAUCAAGACGGGUGCCUUGGGGACGAGGCUCCGUGCUCUCCCUUUUCUCCCUCCCCCAGCUACAAGCUAUCUCCCUCCGGCUCCUCGCUCCCAUCCGUGGGCCUGGGGGCUAUUGGUUCGGGCCUCAACCCCCAAACCUUCGCUGCUAGACAAGGUGGCAAUCACGGUCUGUUCGGGAACAGCGGUGCACAAUCGCGAGGCAUGCACAACCCUGUGCCAUCGCUCAACUCAUCUCCCAACCUCCGGGCACAAGUGCCUCCCCAGUUCCUUUCUCCCCAGGUCUCAGCCUCCAUGCUGAAGCAGUUCCCUAACAGCAACAUGAACCCAGGACUGUUCAACAUGGGGCCCCAACUCUCUCCUCAGCAGAUUGCCAUGCUGAGCCAGCUCCCUCAAAUCCAGCAGUUUCAGCUGGCCUGUCAGCUCCUUUUGCAGCAGCAGCAGCAACAACAGCAGCAGCAGCAGCAACUACUGCAGAAUCAGAGAAAGAUCUCGCAGGCUGUCAGGCAGCAGCAAGAGCAACAGCAAUUGGCUCGAAUGGUAAGUGCCCUCCAGCAGCAGCAGCAACAGCAACAGAGGCAGCCAGGUAUGAAGCACUCUCCCUCUCAUCCAGCUGGACCCAAGUCUCAUCUUGAUCCUGUAGGGCUCUCAGACAUGCAGUCCAAAGGGCACAUGCCUGGAUAUGGAUCAGGCUUCAGCUCAAGUGGAGUUGAUUAUGGAAAGGAGGCUGGGGUAGAAUCCCGUUUUAAGCAAUGGACGUCCAUGAUGGAUGGUUUGCCUUCCUCAGUGUCCCAAGAAGUCAAUCUAUCUAAGAAUGGCUCCAUUGCACCCCCUGGGAAGAAUCGUGGUGGUUCCCCCUACAACCAGUUUGACAUGAUGCCUGGAGAUUCUGUAGGAUUGCAUGGAGGGCCAACGGGUGACAGCUGGUUACCUGCCAAAUCACCUCCUUCAAACAAAAUGGGAAGCAAGUCAAUUAAUACCAGCUGGCCCCCAGAGUUUCAACCAGGCGUGCCAUGGAAAGGAAUUCAGAAUAUUGACCCAGAAUCCGACCCUUAUGUUACCCCUGGCAGUGUGCUGGGGGGUCCAGCCCCAUCUCCCAUCGUAGAUACUGACCACCAGCUACUGCAGGAUACCCCAACAGGUAAGUUGUCAUCAUGAUUAUACAAAGCUGAA